CAACGGGUAAGUUUGCGGCUGCUGUCUGCUACGCGAGCGAAGAGAAAGUGCUUGCAUUUAAACUACCUUAUUAGCAGGCAGUAGGAGACCUGUCACAAGCGUGCUGCCAUGGCGUCUCUGGUGAUGCGCUACUCGCUAGGUCUGUGUCUGCUCCACCUCUCGCUGACCAUUGCCAUCCCCAGGGAGGAACACCGCAAGAUCCACACACCCAAGCCCUUGAGUGAUGAGCCACACUACAAAGAGGACCCAGAGGGGGGCGAGUCUGAGCAUAACCCUGAGUAUGACCAUGAGGCCUUUCUUGGGGAAGACACGGCCAAGACAUUUGACCAGCUCUCGCCGGCUGAGAGCAAGGAACGGCUGCUGAAGAUUGUUGACAAGAUUGACAAGGACAACGAUGGCUACGUGACGCAGCAGGAGCUCGAGGAGUGGAUCCGGCACACGCAGAAGCGUUACAUCCGUGAUGACGUUGACAAGCAGUGGAAGGUUUACAACCCCCAGGAGAGCAACCGUGUCAGCUGGGAGGAGUACCGUAACAUUACAUACGGAGCGGAAGGAAGCGAUGCUGAUGACUCGGACUCUGACUCAGAUGGGGGUGCCAUGAGCUUUCAGGACAUGGUGCGUCGGGACAAGCGGCGCUGGGACCGUGCCGACAAGGAUGGUGACGGCCACCUUAACAAGGAUGAGUUUGGCGACUUCUUGCAUCCUGAGGAGAGUGAGGACAUGAAGGGUGUCGUCGUUGAAGAGACCAUGGAAGACAUUGACAAGGACAAGGAUGGAAAGAUCUCCCUCGACGAGUACAUUGGCGACAUGUACGAAGGUGCAGCCGAAGGGGAAGUGGAGCCAGACUGGGUUCAGAACGAGAAGGAGCAGUUUAAGAACUACCGUGACAAGGACAAGGACGGGUUCAUGGGCCCCGACGAGGUGCGUGACUGGGUCAUGCCCGCCGACUACGACCACAGCGUCUCCGAGUCGCGCCACUUGAUCCACGAGGCCGACAAGGACCACGAUGGCAAGCUCACCAGAGACGAGAUCAUCGACAAGUACGACGUCUUUGUGGGAAGCCAGGCGACGGACUACGGCGAGGCGCUGACCCGGCAUGACGAGUUCUGAGCAUCGAGAAACUUGUGCGCAUUUGUUGCCAGUCCCGGGCUUUCUUGACUCCACGGGCAUCACAUCUAUGUGUUGGAUGCACUGGCCAUUACGUCUGGCAUUCACCUGUUAUCUCAGCUGUGUUUGUUUUUUUUGCUCGUCGCCUGUUGACAUUGAGAAAGUGUGUGCUGUCACAUUCACUCAUUACCUUGACCUUGUUCCUCUUUGCGUGUGGCAUUUCUGACUUUCAGCGUGCUCAUUCUCAUCUUUUUGCCUUGUGAAUAUACUAGUUCCCUUUGUAGCUCUGUCAAAUUUAUGCAAUGCUUGUUUUCCAAUUAGAGGAACUGACUCAAGUGACCUCGUGGGAAACUACCCUGUUCCUGAAUUGUCAAAUACUAUGCUUAUUUUUUCUUGUAUGCAAAAAUCUGUUGCGAGUCUGCACCAAUUCUGGCUGUUCAACAGCGUACUUGGAAGCAUUUGGACCUUGUAAGAAAAUGAAUUGUGAGGUUUAAACAGGGAAAUCAUGCUCUUGAUGGUGGCACAUUAAGAACAAUGGUCACAUCUUUCAUUAUAUUUUUCCAGAUUCUUUCAUCACAAUUUAGGACUGCUUCUAUAUCUUUAUUUACAUACAUAAAUGUUUAGUAGUGCCACUGUGAAUGCCUACUUCCGUCUCACAACACUGGUUUGACAUGCAUUCAGCUAAAUUUUUACAUCGGAUCAUUACGUUCCUUUCUUGCUCGUUUUUCAUAGUUUUGUUUAUGGCAACUGUUGCCGACUAUACAACGAAAUUUUUAUUGUGCCAGAGCUGGCAGUGUCUGCCCUGUGUACAAUGCACAUGACGAAGUGCAUUUCUGGGUGAACCAUCAAUUACACCCAACGCCUGCGUUUUCAUCUUUACCCACACUUUCUGCUUGGGCUAUUCCUUAGCCAUCUUUCCUUUUUUUCAUUCUGUUGGCAGUAAUUAGGGGGCCAACAGUAGUGUGCUGUAUUUUUUAAUAUAUGUCUUCUGUGACCCACACUUGUUGCCAAAACCACAGUGUCUGCUGCGCUACAUCAAGAGGUAGUGAAGAAUGUAAUUAUCUCGGGUUAAUUGGGAUGUUGUUCUUUGAUACGAUUUAUUUGACAUGUUCUUUGACAUGUUCUUUGACAUGUUUCCUCUGGGUAAUCAUCUUGAAUGAGAGAUAUUGAACAAAAGAAUGCACUGGCAGAGUUUGUUAAACUGUGUUCAUUUUAUAUUUUGGAAGUCAGUUGCCGUAGAAUAAACAGUUGAGUACUUAGUUGAUCUGAAAAUGGGAACAAAAAAAAAAAAAAACUUGUCAGUUACCUAGAGGUGUGUGAAUAUUCUAAACUUUCGAAUAACAAAUUGAAUAGUAUCCUAUUUGAUUCGGUCUUUGAACGGAAUAGUCACUUUUCGUAAAUGUGAAUAUUUUUCUAAUACUUUUCGAAUAUUACAAAACGUCAAUUGCACCCAGUUAAGCAUAUAAUUAGAGCAAAAGUAUGCUACAUUUUCAUCCUUGCGGGCAUAAAAUAGACCAAAAAACAUCAGAACUUGCGUAGUGAACCAGGCUACGUCACUUAAGUAUCCAUACUUUACAUUCUAUACAGCCACCAUUCGCUCUCUCUGAAGGGUCCUGUGCAUGCAAAGAAUCUACUUGUUUGCCCCUAGUGCCCAAUUUGUGCUUUUACUAAACGCUUCAUUACGUACUAUGUAAUGACUGAAACUUGCCAACUUUAAGAAUAUUAGGAUGCGAACAUCAUUUUGUUAUAAUCGUGACAACAGCUGUUCAUUAUUUGAAAACUAUUCGAAAAGUAUUCUAUAUUUGUUUUCGAUUCAGUUCUGGCAUUAUUCGAUUCAUAUUUGAUUCGGUCUGAAAAAUCACUAUUCACACACCCGUAUACUGUUAACAUAUCUAUACGUAGUUGCAUGUGUAGCUCUCUGCUACGCAUAUUGGACUGUACCUUUGUCUCUGUUGUAGCAUUUGCUUUGUGGUAGUGCUGCGUUCCAAAGAUAUAAUUACAUGUACGUCAUCCUUUUAGAUACUUCAUGCAUCAGUUUUACUUUUGUGCUGUGCUGACAGGGUAGUCGCAUCUGUUUCGUGAGAACAAACUUUCUCCGAGUGUGUCAUAAGCGUGUGCACGAAUGAAAUGCCUCAUAUGUGUACCUUUACUUUUUAUUCUGAGAAUCGUGCAUUUCUGUCAAGCCAAGAGGUGAAAGUGCUUGGCUUGCAUUUAAGGCUUUCUUUUUGUUUCCCUGUUCAAAAUGUAUUUACUCAAAUGGGGGGCAAGAAAAAAAGAAAAAAAAUGUAAUUCAUACUUGAUAUUAGUGUUGCUUCAUGUUUUGAUACCAAAUAUGCUGGUUGAUAGCAGUUAGUGGCUAAGGUUGUUCCAAAGUAAUUAAGACAAUACGUUCUUUCCCCUUCUGCAAACUUUAUCCGAGUGCCUGAUAUGCGUCCUCUCUUUUCUUAACUUUAUCUUUCACGGUGCUGCUUUGUAAGAAAUUCUACAUUCUUCCAGAUUGCCACAGUAACUGAAGUUGCAUGCAGUGUACCUCAUUCUGGUGGGUGUUCACUUUUCCACUAGGUGCCUAUUUUUUUUUUCUUGGUCUUUUUUUCUGGCACAACUUGCAACUCACUGCAGGAACAGGCAUGAAUCUUUCUUUUUCUUCAAGCGGCUGUUGUGCUCUUUUACAGCACCUAGUCAUGAUGCUUUUUCUUUUGCAGCCUAGCACUCAUUGAUCAAAGCAAACGACUCGCAACAGUCUGUAAUUUCAAUGCAGAGCAGUCAACGUAGCCUAGUGGCUAGAGCCUAACCAUAGUGGUCUCUUUCAAGCAGUGGUAUAUUCAGAAGACAAGUUGUAACCCAUGUUUGGUGCCCCUUUUUUUUUUCCCCUUUCAGUUAUAAUUCGUUGAACUUGGUGAUUUAUGCCAUAUAGUGUCUAGGAACACAGCUAUUUUUGUCUUUUGUGGUGUACGUCACUGAUUUCACACACACUAAGUUGUCAAAAAAUUGUGUGCAGCUGUGAGAGAACAAAGUCGGCAACGUACCAUUAGUUGCAAGACCAUAGAGGCUUGGGCUAGUCGGUACCAUUAGUUGAUUGCGUAGGUGCAAAAUUGGUUAAGCAAAACAUAAAUACGGGGUUGCUCAGCCUGUUUCCCGAAUUACCAUACUGGAAUUCAGUUCAGAGAAGAUGCCAUUGCAGCUAAGAAGUUGAGACUAUGCAUAUAAGCGUGAUCACUUGGAAACCGUAGGCGCAAAGAUCGAUAGCAAAGAAAGUCUAGGCUGUAUAUGAAGGAGUAAUCACGUGAUAUCCAUUGGCUCAAGGUUUUAGUAUUGAAGGAUUUGACGCUGUAUGACGAGGAGUUGUCACGCUGUAGCUGUCCACUCAAACUUUGGUACUGCGCACUUUUCACGUAACAAAUUAUCACAAGCAACGCUGGCUCUCUUAUCAAUUUGCUUUAUGCACAGUACUUAUGAAUACUAGGCAGCUUUAAACUGGUUUCCCUGCUUGCCACAGGCCCCUUUGCUGACUGUUCUAUUGAGUGCAAGAUACGUUGCGGCUACGCUGCUCAUAGAUUUAUUUUUUACUUAGCUAGUUUGCAUGCCGAGUUUGUUGGAGUAUUUGAUUUGUUGCUCUUUUUCUUUUCUGUGGCCGGUGUAUAUGCAAACACCUCGUCCUCUGCAUGACAGUAGCGCGCUUCCAGCUUGCCGACGUAGUAAUCCAAAGACGGCCACGUAGCCGCGUGCCAAAGCUGCCACGUCUGUGUGCCUGUAAUACUUUGCAGUGAGAGUUUAGUGUCGUCUGCAGCUUGUGGAGUGGAGAUCUGUUGUGUGGGGAGGGAAAGGCUCUCUUUUUCAACAUUUUGUAAAGAAAAACACAAAACAACAACAAAAAAGAGGCUGACACAAUCUCGCAUGACACAAUUUGAAUAAAGACUUUCUAUGAAAGCGCCA